AUGUCGCAUCUUGACCCCUCUUAUCCCAACAAUCCAUACGGGUCAUCUUCAUCUUCAUACUCUCUCGACCCAUCCUCAUCCACCUCUCGACUAAAUUCCAAUUCCAACUCCACAGCCAUGAUCUCUUCCGGUCAACCUGAACGCUCAUACUUGAACGUAGAUGAUUCAGAGGGAGAAGAAGAAGUGUUUGAUCGACAUUCGAUUGAUCCCGAAUUACGUCUGAGGACCGUUCGUACCGCUCAUUCAGUGUUAGCUGAAUCCAUCAAAUCCGAGGCAUUAGCUGAAAAACGAGCAAAGCGGAGGACACUGUUUAAAAGUAUGAGGAGGAAAGCUUCUGGUGUAGGAAGUAAGAGGAGAAAGACAUCGAUGUUUGAAGAAGGAAUUACGGAAUUAUCAGAUGGUUCACAAAGUAGGAGAGAUACUCAAAGUACGAUACAUACACCUCCAGUUCCCCAAUCAGAAGUCGGCUCGCCUCAGAAAUCGGUACCCACCCUAGAGGUCACACCACCACAACCAUCGUCUGAACCUGGACCAAGCCUGACGGAUAGGAUCAAAGGUAAAGGGAAAGCGAAAGCACCCCCACCACGAAGAAGCGUAUAUGUCAAUAUGAACCUUCCCCACAAUCUCCUCAAUGUCAAGGGUGACCCGAUAGUUCGAUAUGUAAGAAACAAAGUUAGGACUUCCAAAUAUACUCUAGUCACUUUCAUACCCAAGAACCUCUUUGAACAAUUUAGGAGAGUUGCCAAUAUCUAUUUCCUCUUCUUGGUGAUAAUUCAACUAUUUAGUGUGUUUGGGGCACCCAACGCUCAGAUUGGUAUGUUACCCCUAUUGGCGAUAUUGGGUAUGACGGCGAUCAAAGAUGGGAUAGAAGACUGGAGAAGGUCAAAAUUGGAUGAUCAAGUGAAUAACUCAGCUACGACGAAACUGGCUGGUGGUUGGAGGAAUUUUAAUCAGCCGAGGGAUCCGAGGAAUUGGCUGGAAAGGUUGUUCAAUGUUGGAUUAGCCCCAGGGAAAACGUCCAAAGGUGUUAAAAAGCUUCGAGAGCGGGAAGGAAGUGCAGGCAAUAAGAUCAUGAUGGAGGAUAAUCAGAAAUCAUGGGAUCAAGAUCCACAGGAAGAACUAGAUGUGGUAGUGGUGGAUAAAGAAUCUUAUCCUCUUUCGACAAUGCCUUCGACCGUCGUCCCCUCCUUGAAUAUCACCGAAUCGACUACUCCUGAUCUACCGAACGAGGAGGGUUUCCGACAGUCUUUGAUGUUGAGGAAAACCUCGAGUCUGCCCAGUAUGGCGUCAAGGAGGAGUAAUGGUGUUGUCGAUUGGAAUAGACCAACCUCAGGGAGUGUUCAAUGGGAAAGGACUUUAUGGAAAAAACUCGAAGUUGGUGAUUUGGUAUUGCUACGAGACAACGAGCAAGUCCCAGCGGACAUCAUCGUUCUUUCCACUUCCAAUGCCGAUAACCUAUGUUUCGUCGAGACGAAGAACCUAGAUGGGGAGACCAACUUGAAGAUAAGAAAAGCGUUGAGAGCAACUUCGUCAAUAUCAUCGGAAGAGGACCUGGAGCAUGCUAGAUUCGUGGUGGAUUCUGAACCUCCUCAUGCUAAUUUGUACACAUACAAUGGUGUGCUUCGAUACACCCCAGCGGAUUCUUAUGGUAAAGCUGAAGAGCAAGCUGAAGGUAUAACCAUCAACGAAUUGCUCUUGAGGGGAUGUUCUAUAAGGAAUACAAAAUGGGUUAUUGGGAUGGUCGUUUUCACUGGUGCUGAUACCAAGAUUAUGCUCAACGGUGGUGAUACUCCCUCUAAGCGAAGUAAGAUCGAGAAAGAAACGAAUUUCAACGUUAUCAUGAAUUUUGUUGUCCUGCUCGUCCUGUGUUUGGCAACUGCUUUACUUCAUGGGUGGUACCGUUCACUUACUGGGACUAGUGCGGAAACAUAUGAGCCUGGUGCCGAAGCUAGCGACAACAUAUACCUUGACUCGGUCAUCAUUUUCUUCUCCUGUCUUAUCGUAUUCCAGAAUAUCGUACCGAUCUCGCUAUAUAUCACUGUCGAGGUGGUAAAAACGGUUCAAGCGUACUUCAUCUUUCAGGAUGUCGAAAUGUACUAUGAACCCUACGACACUCCAUGUGUACCCAAGACUUGGAACAUCUCCGAUGAUCUUGGUCAAAUCGAAUAUGUCUUCUCCGACAAAACCGGUACACUGACUCAGAACAUCAUGGAGUUCAAGAAAUGCUCCAUCCAAGGGAAGAUCUUCGGCGAAGGCAUGACGGAAGCUAUGAUGGGAGCUGCGAAAAGAGAUGGUCAGGAGACUGGUCCCGCUAUGGAAGAUCAGGAGGUGGAAUUAGCAGGAUUCAAGGAGAAGAUGCUCAAGAUGAUGAAACAUACCAUUCGUAACCGAUAUCUCCGAGAAGACAAACUCACUCUCAUUGCUCCUAAUCUGGUCGAUCACAUGGCCAACCCUUCUGAUCCCCUUCAACAUCAUAUCAUUGAUUUCUUCCGAGCUUUGGCCAUCUGUCAUUCAGUACUCUCCGACGCUCCUGAUCCAUCGAAGCCUCACGAGUUGGACUAUAAAGCCGAAUCACCUGAUGAAGCUGCUUUGGUCGCCGCUGCUCGAGAUGUUGGAUUUCCUUUCAUCAACAAGAAUAACAACUACCUAGACAUUGAAGUUAUGGGUACACCCGAACGAUGGAUCCCAUUGAAACUGCUCGAGUUUAACAGUAGUAGGAAAAGAAUGAGUGUUGUCGCUAGAAGUCCUGAUGGAAGGAUCAUACUUUACUGCAAAGGAGCGGAUAGUGUGAUAUACAGUCGACUGGAUCCCAACCAUGACGAGAACCUCAAGCAAACCACCCUGAAAGAUUUAGAAACUUUCGCCAACGGUGGUUUGAGGACCUUGUGUAUCGCUUAUCGAGAACUAUCCGAAGCUGAAUUUGCAGAUUGGUCGAAGAAGUAUGAUGCCGCUGCUGCCGCGACCGUCGAUAGAGAAGGAGAGAUUGAAAAAGCUUGUGAAAUGGUUGAACAUUCCCUGACUAUACUUGGAGCUACCGCGUUAGAAGAUAAACUGCAAGAAGGUGUACCGGACGCAAUCGCGAUGUUACAUCGUGCAGGAAUCAAAUUAUGGAUUUUGACUGGAGAUAAACUACAAACUGCCAUCGAAAUUGGAUAUAGUUGUAAUCUCCUUACGAACGAUAUGGAAGUAAUGAUCAUUUCGGCAGAUUCGGAGGAAGGCGCAAGAGCUCAGAUCGAAGCUGGUUUGAACAAAAUCGCAUCGGUCAUUGGUCCACCACCCACCACUCCCGCUUCGGGCAAGAUUAUGAACCCUGGAAUGAACACCUCGGCGACGUUCGCUGUAGUCAUCGAUGGUGAAAGUCUAAGAUACGCUCUUCAACCUAGUCUGAAGGGUUUGUUCUUGAGUCUGGGUACGCAGUGCUCUGCGGUGAUUUGCUGUAGAGUUUCACCUUCUCAAAAGGCUUUGACCGUUAGACUUGUCAAAGAAGGAUGUAAUGCGAUGACACUCUCGAUUGGGGAUGGUGCCAAUGACGUCGCCAUGAUUCAAGAAGCGAAUGUUGGCGUGGGUCUGUACGGUCUGGAAGGUUCUCAAGCUGCCAUGUCUGCCGAUUAUGCUUUCGGACAAUUUAGAUUCCUGACUAGAUUGCUGCUCGUUCAUGGGAGAUGGUCAUAUGUCAGAGUGGCCAACAUGCACGCGAACUUCUUCUACAAGAACGCUAUCUUCACCAUAUCGAUGUUCUGGUUCCUGAUCUUCAGUUCAUUCGACGCGACUUACUUGUUCGAAUAUACCUUCUUAUUGAUGUACAACCUCUUCUACACCUCUCUUCCGGUUGCCGUAUUAGGUACAUUCGAUCAAGACGUCAACGCUCGAGCAGCUAUGGCAUUCCCUCAGCUGUAUAAGCGUGGAAUAGCCGGUGUGGAAUAUACUCGAACUCGAUUCUGGCUUUAUAUGGCUGAUGGAUUAUAUCAAUCCGCGGUGAUAUUCUUCGUGCCCUUCUUCUGUUAUGGCGGCGGCGAAACCUGGUCCUCUUCCGGUAGAGAUACCAACUGUCUAUACGAUCUCGGAACAGCCGUUGCAGCUGCUGGUGUCUUGGCUGCAAACUCAUAUGUCGGAAUCAACUCUCGAUACUGGACGGUCAUCACUUGGGUCAUCAUCAUUGCUUCUACUCUUUUAGUCUUCAUUUGGAUCCCAAUAUAUUCCUUCUUAGCCGUUUUCCCAUACGCUGGAAUAGUAGAAGUGAUUUAUCCGACUUUCACAUUUUGGAUGACGAUCGGUAUGACCUGGGCCAUAGCCGUCGGACCUCGAUGGUUGGUAUCGGCCUUCAAGCAAUCUUACUUCCCUAAAGAUUCCGAAUUGAUCAGAGAAGCGUGGAUCACCGGUCAACUGAAACGUGAAUUAGGUAUUAGACGUCGAAAGGAUAGGAAAAGGGAUAAUAAAAUCGCUGGACAGGAAGAACCUAGUGUACCAUCACCUCAAAAAUCGAAAUCGAAAGGUGCACCGAUCAGACAGAAGAGUCUAACGGAUCAUUUCUCAUUCCAAUCGACCUAUACCGAUGUGGACGAAAGGGAAAGAGGAGCUUAUCAGGCUGCCAUGACUUUUAGUCCACAAAAAGAUUUCUCGCGAUCACCUGCUAUGUCCGUUUCGCUUUCGGAUGAAAACAAUCCGUAUGGACCUGGAUCUGGAUCGGGUACUCACACACCUAGAAGCAUGUUUUCAUAUCCCCCUUCACCCAAUCCUCCUCAACAACAACAGCAUUCUCAGAAUCUGAUAAAUUUCCAAAAUUCCCCUUCACUCUCAUCCUCGAGAUUUGAUGUCAAUAGACCUUCAUCAAUGUUGUUAAGACAAUUAUCUGAUCCUGGUCAACCUUCACCUACCUCAAGAGGUUUUGACUUACGACCACCGGAUGAUAUUGGUAUGGGUAGAAACCAAUUGAUCACUCCUGUAUCUAGAUUGUCAUACACUUCACCAAGCGCAUUUGAUAAUGUAGAUAAUGAAAUUAGGAAAGAAGUCAGAAGAUUAUCGAAAGAUUCAAUCAAUAUCAAGAGAGCGAGUCUAUCAGGUGAAAAUUCACCUAUUAAAGGUGACUCGUCAUCACCGACCAAACGAAGGAUGAGUUUACCUCUUUUUUCACCUUCUUCUGGUACCACGAGGGGAAAGAAUAAUGAAUCGACGGAUAUCUACGAAGAACCUGAACCUGAGACUGAGCCUGAACGGGAUUUGUUCGCUCCUACCUCGGGUUCUUCAGGGGAUCGUCGUCAUGAAUAUACGAAUGCUAGUACGGAUAGAAGUCCAACGAGAAGAAAUGGGGAUGGGGAUGGUGGGAAAUCACCGAGGGAUGAUGGUAAAUAUGGUUAUGCCUUCUAA